CAUCUGAACAAAUUCUCGUUGGCCGCGGUUGCAUGUGGGCAGGUGAGCUGCGUCAUAAGGACUCGACUUGCACAACGACUCUCUUGCAAUCUAUCCUGUAGCAUUCCUAGUCCCAGAUCCACUGUCAUGAUUGCUCUUGUCAAGUCUCUCCUAGUAUGGGCGAUCUGGACUGGUUGGCACAGCACAUGCUAUUCGAUCAAGCUCACAAUCCUGCUCCUCACGAAGCUUCCUCUCUUAUCCUACAUCGCAUGGGCUACAUUCUCAUCGCUUGCAGUCAUCGCUGCACUCAGUCCAGAUUUGGUCUCUCAAUAUCGACCACUGGUUCGCAAAGCUGCACUGUUCAAUUGUGUUGCUCUUAGCGCAGUCUCUGAAGUUCCACACCUGAUUAUCGUCUUGAAGCUCUUCUUCAUUGGCUUCUCAAGGAUCUAUGGCACUUACAGAGCUGUUAUCAGCUGGCCGUUUCUGUUGUUAGACAUCAUCUCAUUAGCUGGGUGUCUUGGCAUACUAUACCACCAAGCCGAGGACGUACAGACAAUGGUGGAGCAAGCUGCACCAUUCUUGGAAAGAGACUCGACUCGUUUUGACGCCUUCAACCUUCUUGUUGAAGUCUUUGCGCCUCUAUGGAGAGAAGAUGAGCUUGUCUGUUUCAAGGACGCUGGUUACUUCGGCGCAGAACAGCUUCGCGAAAACAGUGUCAAGCGUCUAGUGCUCGAAGACACUGGUACCAUGGACAUUUACAGCACAGGGUUUCCUCCAGGCUCAAACAAGCCAAUUGUCAUCAACAUCCACGGAGGCUCUUGGUCACGAGGAUCCAACAAGGUGCCAAAUGCCGUGCUCACCACCAUGGCACGGUCAGGCGAAGUUCUUGUCAUGUCCAUCAAUUUCCGUCUCGCUCCAAAGUUUCCACUGCCAGCUGCCAUCAUUGAUAUCAAGCGUGCCAUCAUAUGGGCAAAGAAAGCUGCCAAGAAUUUUGGUGGAGAUCCAAAUAACAUCAUUCUCAUGGGCGACUCCAGUGGUGGUCAUUGCGCUCUCUUGUCUGCCUUGACUGCCAACAUUGAGGCUUUCCAAGAACAAACCCCCGAUGCAGACACAAGUGUGCAGGGCGCGGUCCUCCUUUGUCCUGCGCUUGAUCCUACAAACAAAUUCAAUAUCAGUCAUCGCUCGGGUGAGGAUAGCUGGUUCGUUAGAGCAUGCUGUGGCGGAGACGAAGCUGCAGCAAAGCUGGUGCAUCCAUUAGAGUAUGCUUCCAAGGAUAUGCCACCUCUACUCUCGCUACAUGGUACGGCUGAUACCCUUGUAGACAUCAAAAACAGCAGAUGCUGGCAAGCAAGAUGUGCGGAGAUUGGUGCAAAGGACAAGUUUGAUCUUGUGGAGAUGCCUCGAGCUCAUCACGUCUACUUUAUCUUCAGGAGCAUUCGAACCAUUGCUGCAGGUUUGAUUGCUGUCGACUGGAUCCAACACAGAUCAAAGCUCACAAAAGACAGAUAGAGAGGAUCAGAAAAGCAAUAGAUGAAUUCGUCUACUCGUUUUUGCCUCCCCUUUCAUCUUGCAUGCCAAUCACGGGGCCUGGAGCCUUGGAAUGCGUCUCUUUCUUCUCCCCCUUUGGUGGUCCUGCAUUCUUUCUCUCCUCCAUACCUUCUUUUACUGCCUAAGGUUGUUAAAUAUGCUGCAGUCAUGUGCUCAAUUACCUUGGACUGGAUAUUGUGAUCCUUGUCAUCCUUACUUGUGGCGUGACC